AUGUCCAACGUACCUGAUUACUACGCUAUCCUUCAAAUCUCUACUGAUACAUCACACGAUGAUAUUCGCGAAGCAUACAAGAAACAAGCACUGUUGAGUCAUCCUGAUCGUCUGCCCAAAAACGCUACGCAUGAAGAAAGAGAAGAAGCCACCAAGAAGUUUCAAUUAGUUGCUGAUGCUUAUUAUAUUCUGGGAGAUCGAUCAAGAAAGGAGUCUUAUGAUAAGUCUCGAGCUAAACACCAUGACCGAUUUACGUCAUUUGCAUCUGCAAUGCCCAAUUCUUCGACAACACAAGCAAAUCAAAUAUUUGGAAAUAUCUUUGAAGAAUUGUUAAAACCUGAAGUUGAACAUCCUUCGCAUAUCUGGAGAAUAUUCGGUGCUUGCUCAGGCGCAGUGUUGGGCUUUAUUAUUGGAAAUGUUCCUGGCGCUGCAGUUGGUGCGUUUGCAGGAAAGACUUUGGGUCAAGUCAGAGAUCACAAAGGUGUUUCUGUAUACACAGCUUUCCAAAAACUCAGUAUGGAUCAGAGAAGAGAUAUCUUGACAGGUUUAUUAGCUCGAUUUGUCACAGCAGGUGCAUCAGGCAUGAUGAAGUAA